UAAGAUGGCGGAACUGGGGAAGAAGUACUGCGUGUACUGCCUGGCCGAGGUGAGCCCGCUGCGCUUCCGCUGCACCGAGUGCGCCGACAUCGAGCUCUGCCCCGAGUGCUUCUCGGCGGGCGCCGAGAUCGGCCCGCACCGCCGAUGGCACGGCUACCAGCUGGUGGACGGCGGCCGCUUCACCCUCUGGGGCGCCGAGGCCGAGGGCGGCUGGAGCAGCCGCGAGGAGCAGCUGCUGCUGGACGCCAUCGAGCAGUUCGGCUUCGGCAACUGGGAGGACAUGGCUGCUCACGUGGGCGCAUCCCGAACGCCUCAGGAGGUGAUGGAACACUACGUGAGCAUGUACAUCCACGGCAACCUGGGAAAGGCCUGCAUCCCUGACACCAUUCCCAACAGGGUGACGGACCACACGUGUCCCAGCGGCGGCCCGCUGUCCCCCAGCCUGACGACGCCGCUGCCGCCGCUGGACAUCUCGGUGGCGGAGCAGCAGCAGCUGGGCUACAUGCCGCUGCGCGACGACUACGAGAUCGAGUACGACCAGGACGCCGAGACGCUCAUCAGCGGCCUCUCGGUCAACUACGACGACGACGACGUGGAGAUCGAGUUGAAAAGGGCUCACGUGGACAUGUACGUGAGGAAACUCAAGGAGAGGCAGCGGCGGAAGAACAUCGCGCGAGACUAUAAUUUGGUACCGGCCUUCCUGGGGAAGGAUAAAAAGGACAAGGAGAAAGCUCCCAAAAGGAAGAUCACAAAAGAAGAGAAGGAGCUGAGGCUGAAACUGAGGCCUUUGUACCAGUUCAUGUCUUGUAAGGAGUUUGAAGACUUCUUUGAGAACAUGCACAAGGAGAGGAUACUCCGAGCGAAGAUUCGGGAGCUGCAGCGGUAUCGGCGAAAUGGGAUCACCAAAAUGGAGGAGUCGGCGGAGUACGAGGCGGCCCGGCACAAACGGGAAAAGAGGAAGGAGAACAAGAACAUAGCUAGUUCCAAGAGAGGGAAGGAAGAGGGGAAAGAAGGUGAAUUUGCUGCCAUUGAAAACCUGCCUGGCUUUGAACUCUUAUCGGACAGGGAAAAGGUGCUCUGCAGCUCUCUGAACUUGAGUCCUGCACGUUACGUGACUGUAAAAACUAUCAUCAUUAAAGACCAUCUCCAAAAAAGACAAGGAAUUCCUUCAAAGAGUCGCCUUCCCAGUUACUUAGAUAAGGUACUGAAGAAAAGGAUUUUAAACUUUCUGACAGAAAGCGGUUGGAUAUCCAGGGAUGCUUCAUGAAACUCAGCCGAUCUGAAAACACACAGCAGAGGCCCAUUACAGCCUCAAGGACUCCGUUAUUUUUUCCUUCCCUCCCCAAAGAUACAGAAACAGUGUCGCUUAAAAACACAAAAGAGCAAAUACAUAAACCUCCACAGUCAUCAUGAUCCAUGGUGGUUUAAGUAGACUUUUGCUUUGGAUCAUGGAAAAUACUCAAUUGUGAAACUUUUACAUUGGAUUUCACUGCUUUUGGUACAUUCUUAGAACAGAUUUUUUCAUGUGAACUUACUCAAGUCCGGUAGUCCCAGAGUAGUUGCUUUAGUCCGUACUGUUGGAUAAAUGAAUAUCAGUGUAAUCCUUGCUUUUCUUUGAAGGUAGGAGAUAGUUUCAUUCACUGGAAACUUUCUUCACCCUUUGUUUUGUUUUUUGUUUUUUUUGGCAUAAUGCUGGCAGCAAAGUGAAGCUUACAAAAGUCCUGUGCUCAUGAACAGGUGAGCAGGGACUUUUGUGACCAGUGCUAAGCUUUUGGAACAUUCUCCUUAGUAACUAUAUCCAAACAGUGGGGACAGCGGGAUGAGAGUUCCUGUCGAGACUACAACAGGGGUGAGCCGUGGCAGGGAGUGCAAGGAAGGAAGGAAGGAAAUGUGGUAGGUGAGAUGCCUCCAGGGACUUGUGCUGUGGAGGGGGGUUCUUGAAGAGCUCCCAGCUGAUCUGGGCAUUGUUUUGACCUGAGUUUCCUGAAACAGACCCUUCUGAAGAGUUGAUGUUUCCUGCUUGGUACUGGAGUGUCAGGAAUCCCCAGCAGCUGUGGUGCUGUGCUCCAGAGGAGGGGUCAGCUACAGCAAGGUCCUGAUUUGGGCCAGAAAUGGCAUUUUGGAGAAUAGGCAGUGAAGUGUUUGGCAGAAGUUGAGAGCCUCAGGCAGCAAAAUCACUGUUUUUCCUUGUUGGGGGAGCCUGCUGCUCCUCCUUUGGGAUCUUACUGCUGAGCUCAUAGCGGCUGAGGAGGUGUAGCUAUCUCCUGAAUUUCCUUGGGAAGUCAGGGAAAGGGAAGAAGAUUCUCAAAUAGGGCAUGCUGAGAUUGGCCUUUAAAAACAAAAAUAACAAUUGAUGCAGAUUUGAUCAAAAUGCACAAAGCAUUCCCUAAGUGGAGUGCUUAACCCAGCCACUGUAGGGUUCUAAUUGCACGUGCCUUGAAAUGCACCAGCCCAGGCACAUUGAAUCUGAGUUCAGUGACAGCUACAAGAGCAGUGCACCUUGGGAGGGAUCUCCUCCCGUUCUGACAGCUGCUGCCUGGAGUGCUGCUGGAGCCUGGCACCAGCUGGGAUGUGACACAGCGGGAAACAAAUGCCCAACCCACAGUGCUGGUCUAGUAAGAUGUAUUGGUUAAGGGAAAGAUGGUGAAGGAGGAUUAGAAAACUAUUAUUAAACUCAUUUCGUCCUUCAAUUCCCUGCUGGUAUUUAACCAAAUGAAUAAAAACCAGUGGUUGCCAUAUGGAAAUGGCACAGUUACUUGUGCCUGAGCCUCUCUGCUGGUCGUGUCUGGAGCAGGAAGCUGUGACUGGAGGCAGGCUGGGCAGGUCUGCUAGAGUGCAGGUAUACCAAACUUGGAACCUGACUGGCUUCAAUAUGAGUGCAAGAUCUGGAAAUGUCAUCUUGCUUUGAUGCUUUGGGCUGUAGUCAGUGAGGAUUCCACAAAAUCUUAAAACAGUAUUAAUUCUGCAGUUUGGCAGAGGUAUUCUGAUCAGAACUGGGUUUCAUUUAAUACAUCCAGCAUUACCAAACUGGUGUUACCAGUGAGUUUAGCAUAAAAGGGGUACAAUUACAAAGCCAGCAUUUCUAAGGAAAAAAACCCAAAACUCUAGUGCCUUUUUCUUUUGAGCUUAUGUUCUGUCCCUUCAAAAAAGGUAAGGGCUAUGUUCUCUGGGAUGUAAUACUUUGUUUGGCUUAUCUGUAAGUGGUUUGUUGUGGCAUAUUCGAGACAAAAUUGUCUCUUCUUGGCAGCAGUGGAGCUAACUGCAAUGUGCUGAGUAGCUUUAAUAACCACUUCCACCUAUAUGCAUGUAGAAGCAGCACACAAGUUCGUAAGGUAUAAACCCUUGGUUAUUUUCUCUGUCCUACUCCUGUGGGAAGGAAGCUCAGUCUUUCUUUUUAGCAUUCUAGUUAUGCAAUUUGGUUCUUCUGUAACUUGUUACUGAACUGCCAUAACAUGCUGUUUUGGAAGGCUCAAUUCUGCAUGUAGCUGGGAGUUUAAGAGAAUUGUUUUGGUUUUGGUUCUUCUGGGUUUUUUUUCCCAUAAAAUCUGUGAUUUUCAUAUUUCUACACUGUUUUGGCACAUCUAAGUUAAACUGAAGCAAUAGCAUAAAGCCCAUCUGAACAAUAACUUAGGAAAAAAUCUAGGCACCAAUGAGUCAUUUAAACGUUGAAGUGAAUUCUGCAUUUACACUUUGUAGCUUCUUAAUUCCUCAACCCCUCCAAAAUGUUUCUUUGGUGCUAGAUGUAACUUAUUGAACAUCAAAAUGAAUGUAAAAUAAAAGUAUUUUUAAUGUAUGCAA